AUGAUUAUUAUUUAUGGUGCAAGUCUACCUCUUCUUGGUCUUCAAUGGUUUAACAUAAUGCAACUCGACUUAAAUCAACUCAUUCAUGCACAAAAUUUUGUUAAAUAUUCAAUUCACAAGAUUUAUACCUUCUCAAAACUUCAAGCAACAUUACAAAAAUACAAAGAUGUAUUACACAAAGAACUUGGACAUUGUACUAAAGUUCAAGCUCAUAUUCAACUUAAACCUGAUGCAAUACCGAAGUUUUUCAAACCACGACCAAUACCAUUUGCAUAUCUUCAAGGAAUAAAAGAAGAAAUUCAACGGAACGUUGAAGCUGGUAUUAUUCAACGUAUUGAUACUUCUCCUUGGGCAGUACCAAUAGUUUCUGUGAAAAAACCAAAUGGUGAAAUUCGAACAUGUGCUGAUUUCAAUCAAGAAUGCCAAAAAGCAUUCAACAAUCUACUGCAAGAAGUUGUCAAUACAACAACAUUAGCACAUUUUGAUGCUCAAUUACCAAUUAUCUUAGCAACUGAUGCUUCACAUUAUGGCAUUGGAGCUGUAAUUAUGCAUCGAUAUCCUGAUGGUUCCGAACGACCAAUUGUACAUGCUUCUAAAACUUUAACUGCUGCUGAACGUAAUUAUAGUCAAAUUGAAAAAGAAGCACUUUCAAUUAUUUAUGGUGUUAAAAAGUUUCAUCAAUAUCUAGCUGAUAGAUCAUUUGAACUCAAUACUGAUCAUCAACCUCUUUUGGCGAUUUUCAAUCCAACUAAAGGUAUUCCAGUUGCAACAGCAAAUCGACUUCAAAAGUGGGCAAUUUAUCUUAUGGGAUAUAAUUAUAAUAUUCGUUAUAAACCCACUCGAUCGCAUGCUAAUGCCGAUGCAUUAUCACGAUUACCAGUCGGAUACGAAAAUUCUUUUACUGAUAAUGAUGCUGAACCAAUUAAUUAUAUUCAAACACAACUUAUUGAACAAUGGCCACUAAAGCCAACUGAAAUUGCACUAGCGACUACACACGAUAAUAUACUUAAAUUGUCCUGUACAAUAUGUGCACAAUUACAACCAUUACCUAAACCACAAUUCAAAUCAUGGGAAGAACCAAAACAAGUAUGGUCUCGUUUACAUAUGGAUUUUGCUGGGCCAAUUUGCAAUUCAAAAUGGCUGAUACUAAUUGAUGCAAAAUCAAAAUUUCCAAUUGUAGCUGAUACGAAAAACGAUACAACAGCAAAAAGCCUUUGUGAUGCUUUAGAACAAGUUAUCGAUUGGUUCGGUCCUUCAGAAACAUUAGUUUCCGAUAAUGGUCCACCAUUUAAUAGUUAUGAAAUGAACCAAUUCUAUGAGAAAUAUGAUAUUAAUCAUAUCACAACAACUCCGUAUCAUCCAGCAAGUAAUGGCUUAACAGAACGAUUCUUUCGUUCAUUCAAAGAAGGAAUGUUAAAAGAACAACAAAUGGGACAAACAAAUAAACUUAUUGCAUUAAGAAAUGUAUUAAGAAGUUAUCGCUGGACUCCACACACUGCAACUGGUUCUUCUCUGGCAAACAUGUUGUUACAACAUCAAAUCAGAACUGAAUUAGACAUAAUGAAACCUAAUGAAUCAAUUACACCACGACAACAAACAAGAUAUGCUGUUGGACAGUUAGUUUGGACAUUGAAGCAUCAACUUAACAAACGACCUCAAUGGCAACAGGCAAUCAUUACAAAAAAUAUCAGUUCAAUGAUUUACAAGAUUCAAUUACGUGAUGGACAACGUUACAAACAUCAUCAAAAUCAACUUCGUCCUUGUUAUUCUUCAAAUACUCAAUCGUCUGAAAUAGGCAGUCUACCUGAUAUUUUAUUAAAUACUAAAUCGCAAUCAAAGAUUAGUGAGUUUUCACAUCCAUCGUCACCGAGGUUAUCGUCCUCGUCGAAAUCGGAAACCACCUGA